AUGGCGGACGCCGAAGCUUUCCAAGACCGUGAAAAUCUUAUCAAUCUUUUUGCUUGUUAUGGUAAGGUGUACGCCUGGGAUGUAGAUGAUGUAAUCAAGAUGCGUUCACAGUAUCGCAUAGUCGGCUCUCUGAUAGGAUCACUACCUCGCAAACCGAGACAAAACAAUGCUUUCUCUUUGCCGCUUCUUCUUUCUCGAGAGGAAACCACGUUGCUGCUAGACAAAGGUUUCGCCAGAAUCUUUUACAUGCCAAGAAACCUACCGAAACCAUCAGAUGGAUUAGUUGGGAAGUUUAAUGAGCUACGCAACGAAAGUGUCAUCAAGCAAAAUGAGCAGUUUAAAAAGAUGCAAGAAGAAAAGAGAAAGGAACUAGCUGAUGUGAUAGCUGAUGGCAAGAAAAGAAAACGAGAAAAGCUUGCUAGUAGCACGGCGAAGAAAUCGCAAGAUCAGAGAAAUGAAAUUCAGUUCAAUUUUACUUGUAAUGAAAGCAAUGUGUUUGAACGAAAUGUUGAAGGAAAAGAGAAAAGCAAGCGAAAGAGCGGAGAGGUUACAGUUGAUCAAGAAGAUACCAAUCUUGCAAAAAAGCUAAAAAGCGAGGAAUUGAACAAUGAGAGUUUUGAAGCCAAGGAAACUAGUGAGAAGAAAGACUUAAAUCAGUCAAAUGAUUAUUGUAAAAUAAUCAGUAAUGAAAAUGUAAAAGAAAGCUAUGAGGGGUCAUGUAGCAAUUCUAUCACAAAAGAAGCUAAUGAAACAAUCCUGACCAAUGCAAAUGCUGAUCAAGGGAUUCAUGGAAAUGAACUUGCAAAUGAGACUGGACUACAAACUACAAAUGAUUCAGAUACUAGUACCAAAGGACUAAACAGUGUUUCUGACAUGGGAAUAUUGAUACAUAUUCCUUCCGUUAUGCCGCAAAAGCUGCCUUCAUUUCCACUUGCAGACUGGACAUAUCCUCAAACAAGUCACGAAAAGCUACAUUACCAGGUGUUUGUAGACCUCUGGGAGAAGGGAUAUUAUUUAACAUCUGGCGUUAAUUUUGGAGGAGAUUUCCUCGCAUAUCCAGGUGAUCCUAUUAGGUAUCACUCCUUUUUCAUUGUAAUUAUUGUUCCCUGGGGGAAGAAAAUUACACCAUUUGAGAUCAUAUCAGCUGGCAGACUGGGUGCUAGUGUAAAGAAAACUGCACUUCUUUGCUCGGUAAGUGAUGAAACUGGCCAAGUUAUAUACACAUCAGUCAAGUGGAGUGGAAUAAGCUGA